AUGAAAUUCCAAAAAUUAACCUUUGUAUUAUUUAUAAUCUCUUUUCUGACAAUUUUGGCUCUUUCUAAUCCUAUUCAAAAAAGAGAUAAGAAUACCCUUCCCACCCUUGAGCUUGAAUUUACCAUUUCAACUGUAAAAAAAAAUCUUGAUAAAUGCCCAAAUUAUGAAAGAGAAGUUAUAGUUGUCUAUCCUACCGGUAGCGACAAAAAUGAAGCAAAAUUUCCGGCGCCAGCCAUUAUAGCAAAAAAAAGCCAACCUAUUCAAAUUAAAAUAACGAAUGACCUUACUGAAUCAACUACAAUCCAUUGGCAUGGGCUUUACAUGGUGGGUACGACUUAUUCGGACGGAGUCCCAGCCUUAACUCAAUGUCCAAUUCAGCCCGAUUGGUUUCAUAAUAAAUCAUUAGUUUUAUUAAAAGAAUACCAGUAUAAUACUACCAGUGCCGCCACAACAGCUGAGCCUGUUCCAUACUCUGUUCUUAUCAAUGGUCAAGGUCAAGGAAAUUGUGAAUUUAAAGAUUUUGAUGACACAGAACCUUGUGAGCCUGAAAAGAUUGUAGAGAGUGGAUUAAAGUUUUCUUUUAAAGAUGGAGAAGAACACCGAAUUCAUGUAGUUAACGGGGGUGCACUAGUGGAAUACUUUUUUUCAAUUGAUGGACAUACGCUAAAAGUCAUAGAGGUUGAAGGGAUGUCAGUUGUUCAAGACAAAAAUGUCGAACUCCAUCGUGUUCCCAUUCAUGUUUCACAAAGAUAUACGAUUAUUGCAACCCGAACCGAAGAUGCAAAGAAAGAUGGAAUAACGAAUUUCUGGAUGCGAAUGGAGGCCAAUCCAGAAUGUAUUCGGAGCAAUACUGAAUGUAAAAAGAAAAAAGCGCUAAUUAAAGAAAUAAAUUCGAGAGUUUACUACGGUGAUGAGAAUAAGGAAAAAAUACCUACCACAGAAAGAUGGAGUGAUUUGAUAUUAUGGCCUAAUAAUAAUGGAUGGUCUGAGAAAAUUGGAUGUACUGAUUUAAAUUUGACUAUAUUGAGUCCCAAAGAUGAUGAUCAAAAACUACUGGAUAAUAAACCUUACAGAAGUAUCCCAAUGUCAAUUAUUAUGAAAACAAGACUUGAUUCGAAAAAAAACUACACGUACACUACAAUCGGGUCGGUGUAUGAGAAAAAAUUAAUCGGCUCCAAAGUUAUUGUAUAUGAAGCUUAUGGUGAUGACGAUAAUACACUGAAAGAAGUUUAUACCAAACUAGAAAAUUACUCAACAAUACAAGAUUAUGAUUGGAAUUGGCCAACUACUCAGAACGUUUUUACUUUGAAAGACAGUGAAAAAUCAAAAUUGAUUGAGAUUGCAAUAGACAGCGCUGAUGAUAUUUCGCAUCCUUUCCAUUUGCAUGGGCAUGCGUUCUGGGUAGUGGAAGCUGACGGUAUUAAAUUUAAAGAUCCAAUUAAGCGUGAUACAGCAACAGUUUCCAAAUAUGGUCGUACGAGAAUUCAAUUUACUGCGGAUAACGCUGGAGUUUGGGCAUUUCAUUGUCAUAUUGAGUGGCACUCCGAUGUUGGCAUGGUGGCUCAAAUUAUUGAGUUACCGGAAGAAAUUAAUGAAAAGAUAAAACCAAAUACCAAAGAUGGUUGGUAUGAUCUGUGUCAGUUAAAAAGUGCACCAAGUGAACCUAUAGAAACAGAUUAA